UGCCGUUGCUUUGGAAGGAGUGCUCUAGAAGUGUUUAAUCCUCGUUUUGCAGGAUACCCUCUUGGGCAUCCUGAAGCGCCGUCAUACAAAGCCGACCUACUUUAUCUCAAAUCAAAAGUCGAUGCUGGUGCACAAUUCAUUGUUACGCAACUAUUUUUCGAAGCUGAGGUCUUCGAACAAUUUGUACGCGAUUGUCGGGAGAUUGGAAUUACUGUGCCAAUCAUUCCUGGAAUCAUGCCUAUCAUGGGUUACGAUUCUAUUCGACGAAUAGCAAAACUAUCACAGUUGACAAUACCCGAGAAGAUACUCUUAGAUCUCGAGCCAAUAAAACACGAUGACGAUGCAGUGAUGAAGUAUGGAACAGUCAAGGCCAUCGAAAUGUGUCGACGAAUUCUUUCUAGCGGAUCAGCACCGUCAAUUCAUCUGUACACAAUGAACAGAGAGGGAGCCUGCCGGUAA